ACACCAGCACACACACACCACCUCUCCCUCUCUGGCUUUCUCUCAACACGCCCCAUAUACAUCAGUAUGUCUUUAGCACUGGCCGGGCUGUACAGGCAGUGCGAGGAGAGACGGAGUAUUAGUAUUCAGAGCACAGGGAGCGAAAAAAGGAAAGGGAGCGAGCGAGCAACCGAGUGAGAGGGAGGGGAUAGUGAAAUAGAGAGGAGGAAAAAACACAAGGAGGGGGGGAAAUAUAAGAGAAGAACACAGGAAACGAGAAGGAAGAGACAUCAUAUUGUCCAUUUCUCUCUUUCAGUCUGCCAUCCCGGUUGCGGGGCUUAUUGCUCGGUGUGUCUUCGAGAGUAGAGAGAGAAGAGGGGGUGGGCAGAGAGAAAGAGGGCGGAAUGCCCCUUUACAAGCGUCGCAUCUGACUAAAACAGCGGAGAGGCUCGUAAAUUGCACAUUGGACAGAGAGAGACAGUGGUUUCUGCAACGCCAAGGGGAUGUUGGAGAGCUUCAAAAGAGUCUGCACAAAGCCGACAGUGGGUUCAAAUCCGAUGCUGAUGUGUUGCAGAGACCACGGAAACUGAUGUGUUCCACCGACUCCAGUUGGAACUAGAUGACUAAGGGCUCAUCUCUAUUCCCAACUUGAUGUUAAGGAAGAGAAAGGCUCUUGUCUGCAGGCUCCCGUUUCUGGUCUUGGAAACAUAAUAACAAGCUAUGCAUGCACUGCAAGCAUAACUCUGCAUUCCUCAGCCAAAUCUAUUUGCAAAGACAAUCUUACAUGUAGAGUGUCUCUGCUUGCAAAUUCAACAUGGCCCAGAGCCUCAAGAGUCAAAUUCAAUAAAGGGAAAGUAAGAGGGGUGGGUGUCGCUCAGUCAUACAUGGGCACAUCAGUCUGGUCUCUGUGACCCAGACCAAGGCACCCUGCAAAGCCCCUCGUGUUCUUCAUUUAUUGCCGCUGCCCCCUCAGCGUCCUCUACCUCCUCUUUCUCAGUUCACACCUUGCAAAAGUGCCGUCCGAUAGGUGAGGGUGGCGAGGGCUGCGCCGUCAUUUGGCUGACUGCUGGUGAGAGUGCGAUGCGGAUUGGAGGAUGUCGGGGGACUGGGAUGAAGACCUGUGUAAGAAGGCGCUGGUGCUGGUGGAAGAGCUGUGCUUCAACUCCCCGAGAGGUUACAGCCAGAGUGAACGCUGCCAGGAGUUCAGCUACCUGCUGAGAGGUCGCACCGGACAGGUGGACGCAGAGAUCUCUGUCAGUCUGCUGUCGGUCAUUGUGACAUUCUGCGGCAUCGUCCUCCUCUCCGUCUCCCUUUUUGUCUCCUGGAAGCUCUGCUGGCUGCCAUGGAGGGACAAAGAGGGCGGAGGCCUGAGCCUGACAUCGGGGUUGCUGCCUGGAAGUGCUGGUGUCGGAAGCCUCGGAGGCACCGGGGGCUCGUCACUCUUGCCACCCCUGCUGCAGAGGAAGGAGGGCCACUCCUCGUCCUCGCUCUACCCCUCCCUAGGCCAGCAGGGCCAGCACCACCCCCAUUUCUCUGACCUGGUGGGUUUGGAAAGGGGGGAGGUUGGAGGUGUGGUUGGGGGACCACAGGAGACCCAGGAGCCGUCCUACCUGGACAUGGACUCCUAUCCCAACAAUGCUGGAACUCUGAAGCUGAGUCAGACGUCUCCAGAUGUCCCCAACUCAGAGGUUGGAGCCCAGCCCCAUAAAGAUCUGCCCAACGCUCAUUCCCAGCAGCAGGUCACCUCCCGGCCCAAGCCCAUGACUCACCAGCUCUCCAGUCCUGAUUUCCACGGCGAGGAGAAGGAGCAGGUAACCAGCAUUGGGCAGAUCAAACCGGAGCUCUACAGGCCCAAGGGCGACCAGGGCGAAGGCAAACAGGGUGACAACUGCGGCAAAAUCAGCUUCCUCCUGCGCUACGCCUUCAAUACGGAGCAAUUGGUGGUGAAGAUCCUGAAAGCUCUGGACCUGCCAGCGAAGGAUGCCAAUGGCUUCUCUGACCCAUACGUGAAGAUCUACCUACUGCCAGACAGGAAGAAAAAAUACCAGACCAAGGUCCACAGAAAGACCUUAAACCCAGUGUUUAAUGAGACGUUUCAGUUCGGGGUGCCGCUGAGUGAGCUACAUUCCAGGAAGCUGCAUUUCUCCGUGUACGACUUCGACCGCUUCUCCAGACACGACCUGAUCGGCCAGGUAGUGGUGGACAACCUGCUGGACUUCAGCGAGGGCAGCGGGGACAAACCCGUUUGGAGGGACAUUGUGGAGGGCACCGCGGAGAAGGCUGAUCUCGGAGAGCUUAAUUUCUCGCUGUGUUACCUGCCCACUGCAGGCAGACUCACUGCUACAGUCAUCAAGGCCACCAACCUCAAAGCCAUGGACCUGACUGGCUUCUCAGACCCGUACGUGAAGGCCUCUCUGAUCUGUGACGGGCGAAGGCUAAAGAAGAGGAAGACCUCUAUUAAGAAGAACACGCUGAACCCCACGUACAACGAGGCGCUGGUGUUUGACAUUCCCAAUGAAAAUAUAGAAAGUGUAUCCAUCAUCAUCGCCGUGAUGGACUAUGACUGUAUUGGUCAUAACGAGGUUAUAGGGAUGUGUCGUGUGGGCAGCGAAGCUGACGGUCCAGGGAGGGAGCACUGGACGGCCAUGCUGGCCAAUCCACGCAAACCAAUAGAGCACUGGCAUCAGCUUGUGGAGGAAAAAGCAAUUGGUACAUUCGUGUCUAAGACUGCGACGGCAUCCUCCCCUAAGCCGAACAUCGUGGUGGACAGUCCUCACUCCGAUUAAAACUGUCGUUAUCAUCUCUCCAGCUCCAGACUUUUCUUUUCUUUCCUCUCAUCUGUGAAUAAUUCUCUCCAUCAAAGAAAGAGAGACACGGAGACACUGCUUGUGUCCAACUGCUAGUGCUGUUUUGCUCAUGCUAAUGAAUCCUUCAAGUCCUGCGCAGAACAAACAAUAUCCAUCACAAGCUACACUUUUGAGCAUCAGACCACACAUUUACAAACACAUGCAGAUACUAAAUGGUACAGUAGGACUGAUUUCGUAACUGUAAAUUUGGGAUCUAGCAAGGGAACAGACACACACAACUUACACACACACACACACAUACACAGAGUUUGCAGUAUGUGCAUAGUUCAUGUGUGCUUCAGAUUAGUGUAGUAUUUCAUCUAGGAGGAGCGUGAUGUAACAAACUUUUCUCUCUUGAAAAAAAAAGAAAAAGAAAGCCAUCCUAGCAUGGCCAUUUCAACCAGGACCAAAGGUUCAUGCCCUUGUACAGACUAUAAAAGAAGAAAAUCACUAUGUCGAUAUUUUUCUUUGCAAUAUUGGUGUACAGCAUCUGCCGUACUGUAUGGGAAAACAUCUCACACAGUGCUUAGCAGGACAAACAAAUUUGAGGUGGAUUCUCCCGGCAAUUUUGGACGCCUUCUCCAGGCUCCGCAUCCUCUUGUUUCAGACUGAACUCGCUUAUUUUCCACAGAGGACAGACGACAAAGCGUCCAGUGGUCUUUAUUGAUGUCAGAGGAGUCGAAAAAUGAGGACAGACUCAUCGGUUUAAGCAUGUUACGCAACCUUGAAAUGUGUUCCUCUUCCUCAUGCUUUUUGUCACCAUACUCAUGGUGCUCAUCAGUAUACAUUUAUUUUGUUGUUUUUGUGAUACAAUACACAUACAGUAUAUCCAUCAGCAAAAGAGUUUAUUCAUGCCAUUUUUACAGUCCAGUGAAGAUGCGAUGGUGUGACUAUUUGAUCGUCCUCUGCUUUCUGGCCAAACUGACAGACUUUUCCUAAUGUAGGACUACACAGGUUGAACAAAACCUGCCUUUAGGAUCGGACCAGCAUCUGCUUGGAGUGCACUCGCUAGAGGAUGUAUCCCACAGGGAAGGAUAGCACCACUCUGUUUUAUUUUUCUAUCAUUCCAGGACUGUUUUUCUUUUCUUUUCUCAAGAAGUCAUCAUCCAGCUUCAAGUAAAAAAUGAUUUAUCUUCAAGUCCACAUCAUGUCCCUGACAAGACUUUAGAAGGACACACAUGUCAGUAUUGCUUUUGUUAGUGUGUUUCCGUGUUUGUGGGCGUUUGUUUUGUAUUUGUGCGUGUCUGUGUGUGUGUAUGCCUGUGUGUCACUGUGACCUUGUGUGUGACACGUUUCUGUGCUCACUCCUUCCCUCGUCCUUUUUCUGUCUUUGCCUCCCUCGCUCCCCAAAUCCUGGCAUCCACGGACACAGAAACGCUUGUCUCGGAGCCAAAUGUGUCUACUGUCCCGUGUCUUUAUGAAGAGCCAUUUUGUGUGUGUGUGUGUGUGAAUGUGUGUGUGUGUGUGUGUGUGUACUAUACGUGCCUCAUUGCACUAGGGUGGGAAACACUGUCUUUCAUAGACAUUAGUUGGUAUUGUCUGUCGUAAUCAGAAAUCAGCUGCCAAUCAUUCAACCCUCCUCUCCUCUCUAACCCUUUGCCUGAUGUAAGUAACUGUGUUGAUCGUGUACUUCUUUCAGUAAUUUGUGUACUGUAUGUCCGAAGCAAAAAAAAGAUGGCACAGUGAUUGAAAAUUGAAUUGUUGGGGUGAGUUUACGUGAAGGAAUCAUUUGUUGCGGCCUACAGAUAAUGACAAAUUUAGAUCCCUCUUAAAGCAAGACAACAAGGAGGAGGUGUUGUGAGAAAAUAAGCGCCUGGAAUUUCUGCACUUCCUGUGAAAAGCGAUACAGACUUAUAAAGCCAUGUCUGUCACUGCUCCUACGACUACUACUGUAACCUCAGCAAAACAACAGUACAACACCUCACUACAGCUUCUUGUAUUGCUAUCGUUGCCAUUUCUCUCUCAUCCUCUCACAUGCGCCGUCUGUGCAGGAUCGUGUGUGUUUCAGGGUGGGGGAUCUAGUUUCGUUCUCUUUCUCACCGGCGUGCUUGAUCGGGUAUACGGGAGGUGACACAUCCCGCAUCAUACCUGCAAGUAUUCUGUGUGCUGCUGGGGGAUUAUCGACCAGCUUGUAUAAGUAGAUAUGGUAUUGAUCCAUUGGUCUCAAGGCGCCAUAAUUCUCUCUUUCCCAGUCUUUUUCUCUCUCUCUGCUGGUGUCUACCCUAUUUAGUCCUUGUGUUACUGCCUGGUGAUAGAUUACAAAACUCAUAGUGGAACCAGCACAUUCCCUUAUUCUCUCUCCCCUCCCUCUCUUUCUGUCUAAUUACUGUCUGAUUACUCAUUCUCUCAUUUUGUCCUACAGCAAUCCCCCCCUCACUCUACCUUCCCCCUCACCUAUCCAUUUCUCUCUCUACUUUUUUCUAUCGCUCCCUCUGCUAUCUCACAUCCCUCCAUCUUGCCCUCUUUCUUUCUGUGUAUGACACCCCCCUUCCGUCCUCUCUAUUCUCUCUCGCUGUCUUGUCGUGUUAGUGCAGUUCUGAAUGGUCAUGGGGAAACAUGUUUGCAUGCUUAUAUUAACAUGAAUGAUGUCAACUUGAUGCAAUGAAAAAUUAUAUAAGUGAUGCUUUAAGCAAAAUCUGACAAUGAACUUGAUACUAAUACUACUAAUGACGACUAAAUGGAACCCAGCAAUUGUUUAUCUCUGUGGUCAAAAACAACGAUGAUGAAAAAACAUUGUUUAUGCUGUAUUUAUCUUUCUUGAAUUGGUAUUCUUUUUGAUUUUCAAUUGUUUUUUAUAUAUAUAAUUUAUUCAAGAGGUUUACUUUUUUAUUGGUUAAGGCUGAGAAUUUGAAUGAGGGGUUCAGUCAGGGCGAUUGUUUCCGUCGGGACAGCUGUGCCAGGUCGCAGGAUAUCGGUGAAUGUGUAAGUAACAGUGUGGCUGAAGCAAUGGUCAUGGAAAUAAAUGAUAUGUAUCAUCCAG